UUUUUUUUUUUUUUUUUUUUUUUUUUUUUUUUUUUUUUUUGAACAUAAACUCGGUAUUGUUUCUAUAUUGCUGCCAAGAUGUCCGCCGAGACAACCCCAGAAGUAACUUUCCGCUCUUUCACCCCCGCCGAAGCCUCCAACUAUGCUCAAUUCCGGCACGAUUACCACCCCGCACUAUAUAACGCUGUCAUUGACCGGCACACAUCUACCGGCGGCAAACUAGACACCAUUCUCGAUGUUGGCUGCGGGCCUGGCAUCGCGGUUCGUGCUCUUGCUCCGCGCUUCCAGUACGCCUUCGGUUUUGACCCUUCGGAGGGCAUGAUCGCGGGCGCAAAGGAACUUGGCGGGGUAUCAGGAAGCGGGGAGCCUAUUCGCUUCGAAGUCUCCACUGCCGAAGAACUCUCCGGCAUCCCGGACGGUAGUAUCGACCUAAUAACUGCUGCGACCGCCGCGCACUGGUUCAACAUGCCCGCAUUCUGGGCGAGGGCGGCGCAGGUUCUCAAGCCGGGCGGAAGCGUGGCGCUAUGGUCCCACAAAGGUGAGAGGAUCGCGGAUAGCGUCCCGAACGCCGCAGCAAUUCAGGCGGCGUUAGAGUCGCUUAGAAAGGAACAUCUCAUGAAGUACAUGCUUCCCGGAAAUCUCCUAGCGCGGGAUUUAUAUGUCAAUCUACCGUUGCCGUGGAGCGGGGAGCACCCCGUCGAGGAUUUCGACAAGGACUCCUUUUCCCGGACGGAAUGGGGAACUGAAAAUGAAGGUUCUUUGCCAAGUGACCAGUUUCUCGCGGUGGACGAGCGGGAGGUGGAUUUGGGCAGCCUGGAGGCCUUGAUGGGGACGGCAAGCGCGGUGAAAAGGUGGAGGGAGGCAAAUCCGGAGAAAGCAGGAACGGAAGAAGACGUCACGCGACUGAUGAGGAGGGAGGUUGAGCGUUUGCUUCACGAGGCUGGAGUAGAAAAGGGGAAGGAAGCUGUUAAGAGAGUGACAUCCGGUGUGUUGCUGGUUGUCAAGAAGAAGGCGUGAUUACCCAUGGUCUCAAAAACUCAGAAUACCAUCUGUAGAUUCCACAUAUCCGUGUGAUAUAUGAAGAAAUUAAAUCUUAGAACUCGUUCUUAUUCAUCGGAAGCCUUUAUCUCUGUCGCUUUUCAUUACGACCAUUCGGCCGGUCGUUCGCAAUGAUAUUUAAGCGUCUAAAAACUGAAGGGGGGGAGGGAUUUUUACAACUCUAAAAUCC